AUGUCGUCCCUUCUUUCGCGCGCAGGUAUGACCGCUGGCAGCAAGCGAGUGAAACGGAAAAGAGAUGCCGUGAAAGCAGCUGGCGAACUCUGCUCAAUUGGUACCGUUCCGAUUUUGUGUAUAUCUUCCGUGACUGGUGCUGGCCUGGGCCUUUUUCGCUGUUUCUUGAAUGUACUACCACCAACAGGAACAACUGGAUCUAGACUACAGCUGGCUUCGCAGCCUCCGCUUUUUACGGUCGAAGAGGUGUUCAAUGUGCCACAUGUUGGGACUGUUGUCGGUGGUAUGCUUUCGGAAGGUCGAUUACAGGAAGGUGAUCCCGUUUUAUUAGGACCGUACAAGGAUGGAAGCUUUGAAAAGGCUUAUAUCGGUUCGAUUAGACGUAGUCGACAACCAGUGCAAGCAGUAUUGCCAGGUGAAGCUGUCAGUAUUGCUUUGAACAGGCGUUCGAAGGGAUCUCUCCCUCUAAGAAGGGUAUGUUUUUGUUCCAAUAUUUUUAUUGACCUUGAUUUUUUUGGCGUUCAGGGAAUGGUUCUAUUGUCGGCUUCAGUUAAGCCCACAUGUUGCCGUCGAUUUGUAGCAUCGCUGUUUUUGCUAUCUCAUCCUACUCGACAUCUUUGUACUGGCUUCCAAGCAACAGUGUACAUUGGUUCUGUUCGACAAACUGCAGCCAUUGUGGACAUCGAUCGGCCUUCGCUUGAACAAGGAAAAUGGGCUACUGUAAUGUUUGAACUCAUGAGCAGUCCAGAGUAUAUUCGUCCCUCUACUCCGCUCAUAUUUCGGCAGGGAAAAACUAAAGGAAUGGGAGAAGUUCUAGAACUUAUCAGCUGA